GAUGUGAUGAAAAUGAGUUUUCUUGUGACAACGGAAAUUGCAUAAAACUGAGUCAAGUGUGCGACUUUAAAUCGGACUGUGUGGACGGCACAGAUGAAUUUUUUGAUUACCCAGAGUGUGAUGAUGCUGAGUUUCGUUGUGAAAAUGGACAAUGUAUUCCAAUAGACAAUCGAUGUAACGCUGAAUACGACUGUUUCGACAAUAGCGAUGAAAAAGAUUGUGAUUUCUGUGUGAAAUCGUUUCGUUGUGCUGCUGAUUACAAAUGUAUUCCACAUCGACUGAGGUGCGAUCACUAUCCUGACUGUAGGGAUGGCGGAGACGAAGGGUUUUGCAAAGGGAAUCCUCCAACUUCUGAUGACUUCAGCAGUAAAUAUCUUUCGAUAAGGAAUAUCCAUGCAAAUAAUUUUGAUUGGAAAAUCAUGCAAAAAGGAAACGAUUCUGGAAGAAUCAAAUUUUCAACACCGUAUUCAGCUCUACAGUUUCUUUGGUGGAGUUAUCAUAGAAGAAAAUUUGUUUUUGACGAAAGCUAUUCAUGUUUUUAUAAGGUUCAAGCAGAUUGCAAGUACGGAUUUCGAGAAGCGGCAUUUGUUGACAAUUACCACAAUGACUUUGCAUAUCCGUCCUGCCACUGCACAAUAGGAACUUAUAAAAUACAUCAAACUUAUCUGAAUUCUCGGAGUUCUUUUAAUAUGGUCUCGAUAACCAGAUGCGAUGGAAGUGAAAUCACGGAAUCUCAGGAUGCUGUAAGAAAAAUUGUCGAGGGGAUAAAUACCGUUGGUGGAAUAGUGUAUGCUAUGCCAGAUUUCAUAGACAUAGACCCUGGGCUUCCUUACUGCUCCUACGAUUACAAUGCAAGCGUAUUUGGUGAGUUUUUUAUAUGUGAACGAGACGAGAUAAUCAUACCAGAGUCGAUGAUUUGUAUUUAUGCCGUAGAUGCCAGCGGUUACAUGACAGGAUGUAGAUCUGGAGACCAUUUACAAAAUUGUGAAAAAUUUCCGUGUCCUGAAAAUACAGUGAAAUGUCCUGGAAGUUACUGUAUCGAGCAGAGAUUUCUAUGUGAUGGGCAUAUAGAAUGUCCUGGAGGAGAAGACGAACAAGAUUGUA